AGUAAGACAAGUAUGAGUUAACUACAAAAAGACCAGCUGACGAGGCACAAGCAGCUUAAUAUCUUCAACGGUCAGUUAGCUCAGGAAGAAGAGGAGGUCAACAUCGCUUAAGAAUUUUCCUCAGAUGAAACCCAGAUAUUGAAGAUUUAGACACGGAGGAGUUCAAAGAGUACGAAGAGGAGUUCGACGAGUAUGAAGAGGAGUUCGGAUCCAGGCAAUCUAUUUCUAUCUGAGGGAGCCAAGCCAGGCCAUCUUAAAAAUUACUCCGUGGGGAGAAGCACAGGUGUUAUUAGGAAAAAUGUUAACCAACAGGAAGGAAAAAAAAGACUGAUCACUAACUCCAAGAAAAUUAGCAAUACUGUCAUGAACAGUGUGAAGGCGAAGAGAAUUUUGGAGAAGGCAAAUCUGAGAGAGUUGUUGAGGAGAUCGUUGAGCAAAAAGUCGUUGAAAUUGAAACUGACAAUGAGCACGAAUUAGAUAAUCUUGAAGAAAAUCAAAAUGAAGGAAUAAAUCAAUACUUUAAUACUGGUAACAUCAACAGAGAUGAAUGCCAUGAAUAUAAUGAUAAAGAAGCUUCUCCAGAUCCACAAGAGCAGCAAGUUGAUCGUGGUUUAAACCAUGAGGAUUAUGAUCAUCUUAAAGCUUAUGAAAAUGAGCCAAACUAUUACUACUAAAGAGAAUACAAAGAAGAUGGUUACUACAGUAAAUAGCAACAGCAAUAUGAACAAGAUGAUGAAGAGGGAUACCAAGAUAUCCAAGGAUACGAGCAAGAUAAUAAUUGCCGCCAGAUGGCAGAGAAUUAGUACAGGAUGGAGAACUCUCCUAUCACUCAGAAUCUUUUAGAGGAAGAACUCACUGGAUCUCCUCAGGUUUGUGAAGCUCCAAGAGCGAUCAACCCAAAGUAUAAAUAAAUACCAACUCUAAUGAUAGAAUCAUCUUAUCUGGGAAAGCGAAAGACUUGAAAGGAAAAGAAUCGAGAGAGAAAUAAACAGAGCUCAUCUUUGGACUAAGCAAUUUACAUCAAGAGAUAUUGAUUGGCAUCAGAAUGUAAAUCCAAAGAGAGCAGAAUAUGCUGCCAAAAACCUAAAGAGGUCUCUCUGUGGUAUUUCAGUAACUCUUCAAGUAUCCCAAUGCUCUCUAACUCAACCUCUGUAAGGUCAACUGCUGCUAGUAUUAAGAGUGAAGUAUGAUCCAAAGGAGGUUCAACCAAGAGAUGAUCGCAGAAUUAACAACAUAUUUCAUCAAAUUUCAUAUCAAAAUUUCUUUUCAGGCAAGGAUGGACAGAUUUCAACACCUAGCUCCCACGUAAGUCUCAAGAAGGAGCUUGGGAGAGUAUUCAUUACCCCAAUUGAUAACAGAUACAUGAACCAAGCCACCUCUCAGGAGGGCA